AUGAGUGGUUUGAGGGUAGUAGAGUGCCUUAGACCCCUUGUUGAGACCAAAGAUUGGGAUUAUGUUGUUGUUUGGAAAUAUGGUGAUGACCCAACAAGGUUUAUUGAGUGGAUGGGUUGCUGUUGUAGAGGGAGUUGCAGUGGAAAUAUUGAGCAGGUGAAUCCCAAAGAGCAAAUAGAUGAACCACACCACUUGGCUCCCAUUUGCAGGGAUACCCAUUUUCAGCAUCUAGUAAAAACAAAGGCUUGUGAGGCUCUUGUGAGACUUCCUUUUGCAAUGUCUUUGUAUUCAGGUGACCAUGGGGAGGUUGCAAUAUCACAGCAACCAAGAUGGCUUAUUCAGGAGGAUUCAAUUGGAACUCAAGUUUUGAUACCUAUUGUUGGUGGACUUAUUGAGCUCUUCACUGCAAAGAUGAUUCCAAAAGAUAUAAAUAUCAUAGAGUUCAUAACAGCACACUGUUGUGUCUCUUUAAAGCAAGAAGCCAUAUCUUCGCAGAACUACACCAGUCCAAACUUCAACGAACAUCUGCCAUUAAAGGAACAACACCCACAGAGGUGGCCACCACUCAUGCCAACUUUUACUCCUAGUGUCUAUCUGCCAGCAGCAAACCAGUCCAGCUCAUAUCCUAGCUCUGAAGGACCCUCCAGUGGGUCUAAUCCUUCAAUUGAACACCCAUCAUUUGAUUCAAAGUUUGUUUGCUUGAUUCCGCAAGGAUAUAAAUCUGUUAAAACAUCUCAUAUCCCUAAAACUAAAAGGCCCAAGUACAAUGAAACUUCAGGGAAACAGCAGAGAGGUUUGAGUUCCCAUUUUAGCAAUGGGGAAGAAGAUAAAGCAAAGUUGGUCAGGGAGUCUCAAAAUGAAGGUUACCAUGCUAGAAAUCUUGUCACAGAGAGGAAUAGGAGGAACAAGAUAAAAAAGGGACUUUUUACUCUACGGUCUCUAGUCCCAAACAUAACCAAGAUGGAUAGAGCAGCAAUUCUUGGAGAUGCAAUUGACUAUAUAAAGGAUUUGCAGAGGCAAGUAAAAGAACUUCAAGAUGAGGCCAAGGCUUUGGAUGUACAGGACUAUGAAACGAACACACCACAAUUGAGGAUGCCAACAGGCAAAGAUCAAGGAGGAACAGAAAGCCUCCCUCUAACUGAGCUCAAUCAAAGUUCCUCUGAGUGCACUAAAAAGAAGCAGAUGGAGGUGCAAGUAGAAGUGCAUCACAUUGGCAGGACAGGUUUCUUGAUUAAGUUAUAUCGUAAGCAGAAGCAAGGUGGAUUUUCAAGGUUGAUGGAAGCUAUACAUUCAUUUGGACUGCAGGUGGCUAAUGUCAAUAUGACCACAUUUGAUGGCAAAGUUCUGAACAUUCUGACAGUUGAGGCAACAAACAAGCAGGAUAUUCACCCAACGAAACUGAAAGAGUAUUUGAUACAGCAAACAGGUUGA